CCCCAUUUACUCCAAAGCUUGCUCUGACUCUGAUGCGCUCUCUCUUUCUCUCUCGAUCGCUUUGAUUUGUUGAUGAUUCUGGUGUGCUAGGGAUCUUAAUCGAGAUGGCGGGAGAUGAAGGAACUGAGAUUUACGAGGAAAGAGAAGAAUCCAUGGAUGCAGCGGUGGAUAAGGAAUCAGAAAUUAAAAAUGAAGGGAAAGAAAAUGAGAACGUGUUGCAGUUCCUAGAUUCGUUGGAUGGGUAUCAGACGCUUAUGGACUCUGUUAAUUCAAAGCUCCGUGAGGGAUGGUUUGAUCUAGCUAGCGCUCGACACUCUAUGGGAACUUUACGUAUCAACAGCACUCUAUUAGACCUCAAGUAUCAUCCUGCAGCUUCGACAUUGCAAGUCACAGACCAAGAGGUUGGAUCUUUGGGAUCAGUUCCACGUUUUGCUUUGUCCAAGUGGGCUUCCAAGGGUGGUGGUAGCCCGAAAGGCAAAGACUUCUCUACUGUUACAGAUUCGGAGAUAGGCUCACCUCUCAGCCAACAGCUACGUCAUCGAGGAGUUUCUGAAGAGAAACCAUCAGCCAAGGACGAAACCACUUUAGCAGCUGAUGAAGAGAUCAAAAAAGAACGAGCUAAAUCUCUGUCAGUAUUUGGAAGCUUAGUCUCGCCUAAGCUACGCGGCGCUCAACUAUCCUUUGAGACAGCUCUUGAAACUCUUGUGGAAAUAGCCAACAUGCGUGCAUCUAUGCUAUCUGCCUUUGAGCGGAUCACAGAGAAGUGAAAUUCCUAGGUAACAACUGAUCCUGAAAUGUGCUCAGGGGAUUCAGCGGAUGCAGAAUGGAGUCUACCUCAAAGACAAGGUUACAUUGAUAAUGGGGAAUUUGGUGAUGCGAAUCAUAUCUUUCUUCCAGACGGAGAGAUAGAAUGUACCACCUUCAGUGUUAACACAGUAUCUGUUUCGGUAUGGUUAAAUGUUGCCAGAAUUUCUUACGGACCUUUGAGCUAAGGAUAGAUACAAAAUAAUAAAGCCUUUUGGGGGAAGAGAGAUCAGUAAACUGGACAAAAAUAAAAUCUUG